UGCACUUUAGUCUUUUUUUCAAUUUUUUCUUGCAACGCCGGUUAAAAAAAGACUAAAUUACUUUGAGAAAGCAAAUAAAAAGUUGGUAUAAUUACUGAUAUCAUCGAAGGUACAUUGAAUCGUAAUUGAAUCACGGUGGUAGAAACCGGUCGAUGGAGUUAGUCGAAAUAACAGAAGCGAGGAAUACGAUGUAAGAUACCACGGUUGUAAUCUAAUCUCUGCGAAGAAGCGUCCGGCAGAGUGCAACGAGAGUAAAUACAUAUCGUAACCAGAAGGGGGAACUUUCGGUGUAUCGAUGGUCGGCUAUUAAUACAGUCUGGUUGUUAGUUCUAUACGCAGCAUUGGUCUGUUCGAUAAUAAAUUGUAUUUUCCAUCUGUUGUUGAUGUUUAAAUCGAACAAUUGACAACACAAUUGCCGUGUUUCAUUAGUCAAGCGGUGUUUUUUCCAUUGAUCACUAUCUAUCCAGUUGUAAUUGACUAAAUCUGGUAACAAGAGGAUGAGAUCUGUCGUGUUUUUUCUCUUGUUCAACCUACUGGUCGUUGUCGCCUACAGAAACGAGCAGUGUCAACGAGGGACAGAUGAGCAACUUAUCUGGGACUACGACGUCAGAAGAUCGUACAGAAUCGGUGCAUAUCAAGAAGUGGAAGCAGACUAUGGACCAGCCGAUGUGACGAUCACAUGUAUAGGAGUAGAUUCCCUAUCUGACGAGAACAACGGAGCUAUGUGGGUGACAUCCGGUGGGAUAGGAUAUAAUUUCAUUAAAAUUAAGUUCAGGUCGAAACACUCCCGAGGAUUUCAUUACCGAGUCUACGUUUAUGGAAAACCACAUCGAACAAAUAACAUUAAUUUAUUAUAAUUUUUUUAACAAUAAUCUUCUAUGAUUGUAUUGUUGAUGGCAUUUGUGACUGUAGAAAUUUAAUAAAAUUUUGUUCCCGUUAAA